UAAACAUUAAACCAUUAAUAAUUAAUUAAAAAUGUGCUUAUUAUGCAACAUUGUUAGUUAUAAUUAUAUAGGAUAAAAAAAGAAAUAGGUAAUCCUAAUAAACAAUAAAUAUUUAAUUUAAGUGAUUUAGUGACGUAGUGAUUAAUGUAAAAUUAUAACAAUUAUCAUGACUACCAUUGCUAAAAUAUGUGAGCAAAAUAAAGAUGAAGGAAAAGUAUGGUUUCAGAUUGUGGCUAUUUUAAUAGCUUCACUCAGCAGUUUAACCACUGGAAUUAUAAUAUCCUGGCCAUCGCCGUUUAUUCCAAAAAUAGUCGAGGACAAAGAAAACUACGACAUUACAGAAGAACAAGCAUCCUAUUUUGCUGCAAUUAACAUAAUCGGUUUAAUUGUACUAUCACCCUUCUUUGUACCUCUCGUCAACAUCCUUGGAAGAAAAAAAUGCAUUUUGAUGAGUUCGAUACCUUAUAUCACAACGUUGCUAAUCAAAGCGUUCGUCACUAAUAUUUGGGGACUCUAUUUGGCAAGAUUAAUUACUGGUUUCGGAGAUGUGUUAAUUUUCAACUGUUUACCUGUAUAUAUAGGAGAAAUAUCGACACCAAAAGUACGUGGAUUAUGGGGAAAUGCUUUCGUUUGCUCCAUCUUUUCUGGUCAAUUUGUGGUUAACGUUCUGGGUACUUAUUUUAGUGUACAAGCAACUUCUUUCAUAGCCGUAACUAUUCCAAUAGCGUUGCUUAUUUUAUUCCCUUUUAUGCCGGAAUCGCCCUACUUUUAUAUCAGUAAAGGUAAAGACGAAGAAGCUAAAAUCAAUUUAAGAAGAUUACGAAGAAAAGUUAACGUGGAUAAAGAAUUUGAAACAAUCAAAACUGCUGUUCAAAAACAGUUAUCAGAUCCCAGCGGUUGGAUGGAUAUAUUUAGGAUAGCGAUUAAUAAAAGAGCAUUUUUGGUGGUGACUUUCUUGAGAUGUGCCCAGAUAUUCGGAGGCGUAAUGACAUUUGCAGCAUACACGAAAUAUAUAUUUCAAAAUACUCGUUCUUCAAUUGAUCCGAGUGUAGCAUCCAUACUUUACGCAGCAGUCAAUGCCACGUGUCAUACUUGCAUGUCUCUUAUCUCGAAUAAACUUGGAAGAAGAAAAUCAUUUAUAUCUUCAACAUUUUUGUGUUCACUAGUGCUCUUUGCUUUAGGAAUAUACUCAUUGCUGCAGGAUUUCUAUCCAGCGGUACCACUAGAAGGAAUGGAUUGGUUUCCUUUAGCAGGAAUGUUGACGUAUCUACUCUUCUGUUCAUUUGGUUUGGGUACCGUUCCAACUCUACUAUUAGGAGAACUGUUUCCUUCUAGCAUUAAAAACAAAGCAGUUGCUUUGGUGGGUUCGAUGUUUGGUCUAGCUGCUUUUUCGGUUAAUAAUUUCUUCUAUUAUUUUGCGACUUACACUGGGUUGUGUGGACCGUUUUUGUUUUUUGCGGGUUGCAACUUUUUAGUCACUAUAAUAUCGUAUUUUGUUAUGCCAGAGACUAAGAAUAAAACAUUAGAAGAAAUACAACAGGCUUUAAAAUGA